AUGAGAGUUUACGAUCCAAUUCCAGAAACUCUAAAUGCUCUUAGAGGAACCAACAUAGAAAUCAUCCUCGAUGUCCCCAACCGAAACCUCGAAUCCCUUGCAUCGGACGCUGCAACAGCAACUGACUGGAUCCAGAGGAACAUAAUCGCCUACUCACCCGAUGUUAGAUUCAGAUACAUUGCUGUUGGAAACGAAGUCGAUCCCAACACUGAUAAAUCUCAAUAUGUCCGAUUUGUUCUUCCUGCUAUGCAAAACAUUUACAAUGCAAUUGUAGCAAGUGGCCUACAAGACCAAAUCAGAGUCUCCACCGCGACAUACACUGGUUUGCUAGGCAAUUCCUCUCCCCCAUCAGAAGGUUCAUUCCUUGAGAAUGUGAGGCAAUUUGUCGACCCUAUCAUUGGCUUUCUAGCCCAAAAUAACUUGCCACUGCUUGUCAAUGUGUAUCCAUACUUUAGCUAUAUCGGUGACACUGUAAACAUUCCACUUCCUUAUGCCUUAUUUACUGCAACAGAUGUCGUACGCGAUCAUGAUCUCGAAUUUCGAAACCUUUUUGAUGCAAUUUUAGAUGCUCACUACUCAGCUCUUGAGAGGGCGGGUGGACCCAAUUUACAAAUUGUUGUAUCAGAGAGUGGCUGGCCGUCUGAGGGUGGGACUGCAGCUAACUUGGACAACGCAGGCACUUACUAUAGGAAUUUGAUUGAUCGUGUAAGGGGAGGGACAGGAACUCCAAAGAGGCCUGGAAAUGCUAUAGAAACUUAUUUGUUUGCUAUGUUUGAUGAAAAUCUGAAGGAAGGGGACGAAACAGAGAGACAUUUUGGCCUCUUCUACCCUAAUCAGCAGCCCAAGUAUCAGAUUAGUUUCAACUAA